AUGGCUUCCUCUCUCACCAAGGAAACUUCUUUUGCCUCUUCCGACUCCCCCUACUUCACAUCCCUCACCCGUCGCCGCCAACAAAAGAAGAUGAGCAUCACUCAAACAUACUACCUCGCUCACACUGCCCGGAAGAAGCUCACCCAUGAGGCUUCCCGGGCGGACCACGACCUCCGAUUGCUGGUCGGUCACGCCAACCUGCUCGACUCCCUUAUGCUAGACCUUGCCGAUGCUGAACGGGAACAAGAACGCUGGUUUAACCAGACCGUCAGUGGUGCUACCAAGGCUCAAGAAGAACCCCGACACAUCCAAUGGGCCUCGACAGUGAUCGAGGAACCCGAGGAAUACGAUGAGGAUGCCUCUGACCUCGAUUCCGACGUCAGUGACAGUGACACCGAGGAUUCGGACUUUGAGGACGCCGGCUUUGCCGUCAACGUUCCCGUCCGCCGCCGCACACCACCCGUUGGUCCAAUGGAGCCCAUCUUGAUGGAAGAGGACGACGACACAGACAGUGACUUUGAAUACGACGAUGUGGAGGACCUGGAGGAGCUCAGCUUGACUCGGUCGCCUUCGCGCCAGUCUCCGCCUGAGCUUCUCGCGGACUCGGAUGGCGAGUCCGAAGAAGAGCUCCUCCCUCCUUCCCCGCCCCAACCUACCUUGGAGACCUUCCAUGAGAAGGAUGCUACCUCCACAGAGAUCUCGCUGGACCAAGCCCAUCUGUUCGAGUCUGGGUAUUACGUUUCACAAGAGCAGACCAUCAUCGAGGCAUACUGA